AUGCCUUCAACAGAGGGACAGACCUCCAUCACUGCUUCCCUCAGAUUUGAUGGAGGCCUGAAUGUGGAUCUGACGGAGUUCCAGACCAACCUGGUGCCCUAUCCCCGCAUCCACUUCCCUCUGGCCACAUAUGCCCCUGUCAUCUCUGCUGAGGAAGCCUACCAUGAACAGCUUUCUGUAGCAGAGAUCACCAAUGCAUGCUUUGAGCCAGCCAACCAGAUGGUGAAAUGUGACCCUCGCCAUGGUAAAUACAUGGCUUGCUGCCUGUUGUACCCUGGUGAUGUGGUUCCCAAAGAUGUCAGUGCUGCCAUUGCCACCAUCAAGACCGAGCGUACCAUCCAGUUUGUGGACUGGUGCCCCACUGGCUUCAAAGUGGGCAUUAACUACCAGCCUCCCACUGUGGUACCCGGUGGAGACCUGGCCAAAGUACAGCGAGCUGUGUGCAUGCUGAGCAAUACCACAGCCAUUGCUGAGGCCUGGGCUCCCCUGGACCACAAGUUUGACGUGAUGUAUGCCAAGCGUGCCUUUGUUCACUGGUAUGUGGGUGAGGGCAUGGAGGAAGGAGAGUUGUCUGAGGCCCGUGAGGACAUGGCUGCCCUGGAGAAGGAUUAUGAGGAGGUUGGUGUGGAUUCUGUUGAAGGAGAGGGUGAAGAAGAAGGAGAGGAAUACUAAAGUUAGAAAUGUCACAAAGGUGCUGCUUUUACAGGGAAGCUUAUUCUGUUUUGAACAUUGAAAAGUAGUGCUCUGAUCAGUUAAUUUGUAUGUAGCAGUGUAUACUCUCGUAUACAAUUACUGACCUGUGCUUUAAAACACGACGCUUUGUUACAGACCCAAGCUGUCCAUUUCUCUGAUGGGUUUGAAUAAAGUAUUCCCUGUCUUAAAA